GGAAGAUGAGCGACUAGGGGAAUGCGUAUAUAGACACAACAUCUGUAGUGUAGUUCAGUUCUCGAGCCGGUCCGGCAGCAGUCUAACGGGAGACCUCGACUUACGAAUAGAACACGAGCUCGGGAGUUUGUCGUCAGCUGAGACACUGGUUUCCAGCCGCGAUGAGGGAUCUUACCCUGCUCCUUCUUCUGAGCCUGGGGACUCUUCUCUCCAUGGAGGCUGGCACCACUGCUUUGCCAGCGGACCGAGCGAGGCGGGGCCUCAUCGGGAACCUGCUACACGGCAACGCUGCCUCGCUGCUCGACCCUCUGGGUCUGCUGCACAACUCGCAAUCCGGCGCCAAGUCGGAGAGCGACAGCUUCAGCCUGGGUGGCAGCCUCGGCCUGCUGGGCAUCUCCGGGGGGCUGUCGCACUCGUCAUCCAGCGCGCAGGCCGGCAGCUCGGCGGGCGGUGGCGCCGGUAGCUCCAGCGGCAGCCAGGCCUCGUCCUCGGCCGGCUCGCAAGGCUUCGGUGGUGCCUCGUCACAGGCGCAGUCGCAGGCAGAGAGUGGAGCCGGUGGCCAGUUACGCCCGCCACACGGUGGUCAAUUCGGUGGAUUUGAGAGUGGCUUCAACAGUGGUUCUUCGGCACAGUCGCAAGCCAGUGGUGCCGGUGGCAUCCAGUUCGGUCAACACGGUGGUCAAUUCGGUGGACUUGAGAGUGGCUCCAACAGUGGUUCUUCGGCACAGUCGCAAGCCAGUGGUGCCAGUGGUGUCCAGUUUGGUCAAAAUGGUGGUCAAUUCGGUGGACCUGAGAGUGGCUCCAAUAGCGGUUCUUCAGCCCAGUCACAAGCCGGUGCCGGUGGCACUCAGUUCGGCCAACAUGGUGGCCAGUUCGGGCGGCUAGAAAGUGGUUCUAACAGUGGUUCCUCGGCACAUUCACAAGCUGGUGGUUCCGGUGGUAUUCAUUUCGGUGGGCCUGGUCCCGUAGCGCUUGGUCAUCUGGAUGGUCCAGCAGACGUCAUAGUCUUUGAAGUACCUCAUCAACCGCCACCACCACCACCGCGACCAGCGUACGAUGGCCCCAUUUUCGAAGGACCUCUACCUCCUCCUCCUCCGCCACCACAGCCUGCGUAUGGUAGUCCGAGCUUCGGGAGGCCACAACCUCCAUCGUUCGGCGGCAGUGGGCAGUUCGGGAGCAACUCGCAGAGCGAGUCCUCUUCAGGUUCCCAGUCGGGUGGCAGCUGGGGUGGCGGCUCACAGAGUGGCUCCAAGAGCGAGUCCUCUUCAGGUUCCCAGUCGGGUGGCGGCUGGGGUGGAGGCUCACAAAGUGGCUCCAAGAGCGAGUCCUCUUCAGGUUCCCAGUCGGGUGGUGGCUGGGGUGGCGGCUCACAGAGUGGCUCCAAGAGCGAGUCCUCUUCAGGUUCCCAGUCGGGUGGCGGCUGGGGUGGCGGAUCACAGAGUGGGUCCCAGAGCGAGUCCUCUUCAGGUUCUCAGUCGGGCGGCGGCUGGGAUGGCGGCUCACAGAGUGGGUCCCAGAGCCAGUCUUUAUCCCAUUCUGAGGGUCGGGGCUUUGGUGGGUCAUCGAGCAACUCGCAGAGUGGGUCGUCUUCUUCCUCAUUCGGCGGAGAAGGUUUCGGGAAGUAGGGCUCGUCCAGCGAGUCUCAGAGUCAGUCCUCUUCGUCAUCGUUCGGGGGGUUCGGCCAGUCGGGGGCGAAGAGCCAGUCUAGCUCGAAGUCCGACAGUCACAGCCUGGUGAUCGGGAAGUGACAUGUGUAAAGACAUUACUCAAACACUUAGAAUACCUACGUGAUGUUUACAGUGCAGGAAUGUGUGUCGUAUAGUCCAGUGAGCUUAUGGGCUUUCAAUUCACUUUUAUAAUAUUUAUAAAAGUCUUAAUUUACAAUCUUUUAGACAAUUUAUUUAAGUUAAAAUUUGUAUUAAAAUUACUUAAUUUGUAAACAAGUAUUAUUAAAUAUUUUAUAUAAUGGUUGCACUCGGGAGCUUUCAUGUACUCUGUUUUUUUAUUUGUUUGUGCUGUUAUUUUUCAUACUCUUGUAUUUUUUUUUAAAAAUUAUUUAAUUAUAGUAGUUCAAUUUAA